CAGCAAAAUUAAGUUAAGCAUGACAUAAUGAAACAGGAAGGUGUCAGUAUAUAGAGAUCUCAUUAGAAAAUGUGUGUGAAAAUGGAUGGGAAAUGCUCCCUGAGAACACCAACACUCCUGAAGCAGAUUUACCUCUUCUGGCUGAUUGUUUUAGACAGUGGGGAACCAAGUACACAGUCAAAUGAUGUAAAUUGCAUUGUCUACAAUGAGGAAUUUAUGGAGUGUACAUGGAGCCAUAGUGAAGGGAAACCAAACUACACCCUGUAUCACUGGUAUUCCUCAACUCCAGUAAAGGAAUGUGGGAACUACAUUCAGCAGAAUGGGUAUAACAUUGGUUGCAAUUUCUCACAAAAUGAGAUUACCCAGUUUCAAGAAUUUUUUGUUUACAAAAAUGGAUCCAGUGACUCAGGAAAUGCAUUACCACAGACCCAGUCAUUCCAGUUGCAGAAUCAAGUGAAACUCAAUCCUCCUGGAGACCUGGCACUGAAUAUCUCGAACAACAAUGAGCUCAUUUUGAGCUGGGACGUCCCGGGGAAACUACUGAAAUGUCAAAUGUAUGAAAUCAGGCACCGGAGUAAAAACGAUAAAAAGUGGCAGGUAUAUGGAAUCAAUUUGCAAGCAAGAUAUGUUUUGUCAAGUAUAGAUCCAGAGAAACUCUAUACCUUUCAAGUGCGAAGUAAGAUUAACGAGUAUUGUGCCACAACUGACCUGUGGAGUGAAUGGAGCCCACCUGUUCAGUGGGGAAGAAAUGACACAAAGAAGGCACAAAGAAAAUGGUAUCGUUUGGUGUUAUUUUCUAUGAUGCCAUUUUUGGGUUUAUUGAUACUUCUGGUGUGCCAAAUAAAGAAUAAAAGAACGUGUUGUCCCUCUGCUAAUGAAUACAAAUCCUCAAAGGGAUCCCAAGAAAUGAAUGAGUCUCACAACUGAGGAUUUCCUGUACAGCAAACUACUUCACCAUGUUUCCAAAGAAAAACGGAUUCUUUUGUUAGACAGCAGCAUUUUGUCAUUCUACUACAUUUUUUUAAAGUGGGCAUUAUUGUGACUGAAAAGUAGCAAUAGCCGGAAAAUGGCAGCACUCUCAAAACAAUGAUGCUGCUUAUUUCAAUGAUCACAAUCACACAUUCUUGAAAGUUUACCAUGUAUUUUUAACAACGUUUGCGAGGAGCACUAACAUUCUGGCCCAGCAAGACAAUGCUGGUGUAAGAUAUAAGCUCUAACCUAGAUCAUUUAGUAGAUUGUCUAACUAAAGUUUCAGUGAUUUUACCCAAAUCAAAUAGCCAACUUAAAUAAAGGGACCAUAUCCUCUACGCAUCAGCUUACACAACAGCUUCAUGGCCAUUACUGGUACUAUUUUUUUUAUUUCAGAUUUUAAAAAUUAAUUGAAUUUAAAUUCCCCAACCUUCAUGUUGGGAUUUGAACCCAAAUUUCUGGAUAAUUAGUCCAAAUAACUUUGCAUCACACAACAGCAAAAAUGUAAUGACAAAUAAACACAUUAAUGCAGCAA